UGAUAUUUGCCACAUCACUAUCAUAUCACAUGCGGAAGACGCUCCCAGCCUCUGCUCUGCUCUGCUCUGCUCUGCUCGGGGCAGCUGUGAAUUCGAUAGGAGGGAGGUACUCUUCUUCUCUCUCUAACCUCUUCGAUCCAUCAUUCUCUCUCUAAAGCUCUUUAAUUUCUUCUAUUUAUUCUUCUCUCUCUCUCUCUCUCUCUCUCUAAGCUCUUCAAUUUCUUCAUCUUCCUCCGCCAACUCCUUUUCUCUUAAUUGUGCAACAUAAUUUUUACGACCCUAGAACUUGAACCAUAUCAGCCAUGUACUUGGAAUCAAGUUUUGUCAUAUGAUUCCUUAUUUUUGCACUCUGUAUUGAUGAAAGAAUGAUCUCUUGCUCACACGUCACGUGUAAUAUAAAAGACCCAGAAACCAUGAAGGCGUUAUGCAGGGGUAUAACUUGCCCCCAUUUUGAAUCAUCAAGCCUGAGCUUUAAUUUCCCCUAUUUCAAACCAUGGAACAAGAUUUUGUUUUUAGGUGGGCAGAAGAAGAUUGGGGUGAGAGCUAGAAAUGGGUUCUCCAUUGAUGCUAAAAUGUGGUCCUCGGCAACUUUGGAUGCUUCAUCGCAACAACAAAUAAGUAUCCAAACUGAUAGGAAACCCAAUAGAUCGUCCUCUCUGUAUAGUAGACCGAGUUUGCUAGAAAUGCAGAAAGAGAAGCAAACCAAUAGGGCCAUGGUUUAUGAGUUUUUGAAGGGAAUCGGAAUAGUACCUGAUGAACUUGAAGGUUUAGAGUUGCCAGUUAGCAUUGAUGUAAUGAGGGACCGCGUCGAUUUCUUACACAAAUUGGGACUCACCAUCCAAGAUAUAAACAACUAUCCCCUUGUCUUGGGUUGCAGUGUUAAGAAGAACAUGAUACCAGUGCUUGAUUACUUGGGCAAAUUGGGUGUUCGCAAGUCAAAUUUUACUGAAUUCUUGAGAAGGUACCCACAAGUCCUCCAUUCUAGUGUUGUGAUAGAUUUAGCGCCAGUAGUGAAGUACUUGCAAGGCCUCGACAUUAAACCAAAUGAUAUCCCUGGCGUGUUAGAGAGAUAUCCAGAAGUAUUAGGUUUCAAACUUGAGGGUACCAUGAGCACCUCUGUGGCUUAUCUGGUAGGAAUUGGGGUUGCUAGGAGAGAGAUUGGAGGGAUUCUUACUCGAUAUCCUGAGAUAUUGGGCAUGCGCGUUGCAAGGGUGAUCAAGCCUUUUGUUGAGUAUCUUGAAGCUAUAGGGAUCCCGAGACAAGGUGUUGCAAGAUUGAUUGAAAAGAGGCCACAUAUACUCGGCUUCAGCUUUGAUGAUGGAGUGAAGCGUAAUGUAGAUGUGCUUUUAGAGUCUGGAGUAAGGAAAGAGGCACUGAGUUCGAUUGUAAUGCAGUACCCUGAGAUCCUUGGUUUAGAACUGGAGCCUAGGAUUGUGUCUCAACAACACUUUUUUAACUUCAAUCUUGAUAUCAGUCCUGAAGAGUUUGGCAAGGUGGUGGAAAAGAUGCCACAGGUUGUUAGUCUCAGCCAGACACCUGUAAUAAAGCAUGUCGAGUUCUUGAAGAAUUGCGGAUUUUCGACGGAAAAUGUUAAGAGGAUGGUGCUUGCUUGCCCUCUAGUUCUUGCUUUGAAUUUGGAUAUUAUGAGACUGAGCUUUGAUUAUUUCCAGACUGAGAUGGGAAGGGGGUUGGAAGAGCUGGUAGAGUAUCCGGCUUUCUUUACCUAUAGCUUGGAGUCGACCAUCAAGCCUAGGCAUCGGAGGAUUGCUGAGAAGGGUUUAAAAUGCUCUUUAGCAUGGCUUCUCAAUUGUUCGGAUCAAAAGUUUGAGGAAAGGCUUGACUAUGAUUAUAUUGACAUUGAGGAAAUGAAGACAGAGCCUUCAUUUAGUAUGGCAAGCAGGUUGGCACAAAGUGCAGAUGAAUCCACUUCAGAGGAUGCGGAUUAUAGUGAAGAUGAAGACUUUUAAGCUGAUAAAUCUUUAAAUGUUCUACAAAAUUCAUAUCAUCUUCAGUUGAAAGAUCUUCCUUAGAAUGCUGGCAAGAGCUGGUUGUUGGCUUUUUUUAGAACAGCCUUUUCAGAUCAUGUGAAUUUCCAUCUUUUCAAGGACUCUUACCUUUUCAGAUCACUAUCUGCAAAGACCAGAAAACUGUUGCAGCUUUCUUUUGUACUUCUCAGAAGGCAACUUAUGCAACCUGCACUAAUAACUCCAUGCAUUCGUCUCAUGGUUAUGGAACUAAGUUAUUUCGGGCAUCAUACUGGUGCGGUUUCUUCGAGAACUUGUUGCACUAGGAAACAAGGUUGGUGAUCCUUUAUUAUCUAGAGUUACCUCUUUGAAGAGUUCAAGCCCAAGAUUAGUGUUCUAAUGGAAGACAAAGAUUUGUUGAUUCUCUUAUGAAUAUGGGCUUGGAAGCUGGAAGAUUUGCUUACAGUCUUCAGCUAUCACUGUGGUCAGGACACCUUGGACUUGAUGCAAAUGAGUCUAUAGUUUGAAAUUGACUUACAUGUUUACUUGCUUUCAGCUCCUUUAUGAUAGUUUUUACCACAUCGAAGUCAUAUUGAAAAUUGCACUGUGAUUACCACACAAGGACUGGAACAUAUUUUUUUAGUCUCAUGCAUCUGAUAAUUUUUCAUGUGAGAGACACCUGAACCUGCUUUGCAUCAUUUGAAAGCUUGCACAUCUAUUGCAUCAACUUUUGAGGAUCUUAUGUGUACUUUUCGAUUAUCAUAUGCAAACACAGAAAUGAUUUGCCAGUAUCCCUGCAUCAUUGGUAGGAUUCCUUUCUGGGGAAACUAUCCUAUUUGUGAAAAUCUUGCCAGGUGCGUUUUCCUUUUUCCCAGCUAAAACAAUGUUUGUGCACCAUUUCUAAAUUAUUUGUCCCAUUGUUCAUUGCAUGUGGCUUUCUAGUACCAUCUUAUGUCUAGAAUGCUGUUGGUAUAGGUCCAUUUUUCAUGGUCUACAGAAGCUUACACUCAUCUCCUAUGAAGUUUGGUUAAAGGAAAUCCAGUGUGGGAAAAUCUUGACAACUCCUACAUCUUGAGAUUUUGAAAGAACUUCAUUUCUUUCAUCUGAUUAACUAAUUUUGGUUUCUGAUAUGCAUUGGCCAAAAUGUGUUUGUUUUUCCUAUCAAGCUUUCAUAUCAUUCCACAUGUUUAUAUGUUGCCUUUUUUGUUGUUUUGUGUUAAUAGAAUUAGUGAUCCUGUGGAUGAUGCAACCACCAGAGAGAAAUGGAUGGCAACUGCAAAGUGUUCGCAAAAUCGAACCGGAACAGUUAAUUGGACAUGGGCUCAAAAGCGGUUCAACCGGCCUAACCGGUAAACUAGUCGAUUCAACCGUUCUAA